GGCAGAGGGACGGACACACACACACCUCAGCUGCCAUUGUCACAGAAAUAUGAAGUUUUCAUCACGGACACUGAUGCUUUAACUUCUGUGGAUUUAAUUUAACACCUGCAAGUAUUAUAAGUUUGUUCCAAGAAAUUGUUCCAAGCGACUCUCCGGAGGUGCCAAACUGAGCCACCAUGUCGGUGACUGUUCAUGAGAAUCGUAAAUCCCGCACCAGCACGGGCUCCAUGAACAUCUCACUGUUCCACAAGCCCUCACAUCCUGACAGUGUCCUGACCCACCUAAACACAAUGAGGAAGCAGUGCAUGUUCACAGAUGUCACUCUGUGGGCUGGGGACCGCUCCUUCCCAUGCCACAGGGCAGUGCUGGCAGCAUGUAGCCGUUAUUUUGAGGCCAUGUUCAGCGGUGGACUACGAGAAAGUCUGGACAGUGACGUAAAUUUCAGAGACAGUAUACACCCUGAGGUCUUGGAGCUUCUGCUGGACUUUGCCUAUUCAUCUCGAGUUAUUAUAAAUGAGGAGAAUGCAGAGUCAUUGUUAGAGGCUGGAGACAUGUUGCAGUUUCAUGACAUCCGGGAUGCAGCAGCAGAGUUUUUGGAAAAAAAUCUGCAUUCUUCCAACUGCUUGGGGAUGAUGUUGUUAUCAGAUGCCCAUCAAUGUAAAAGACUGUACGAGCUGUCGUGGAGGAUGUGUCUGUUACACUAUGAGACGGUAAGAGAAUCAGAGGAUUUCUACAGUCUAUCUAAAGAUAAGCUGCUGGAGCUCAUACUUAGCGAUGAGCUUGAGAUAGAAGAUGAAGAGGUGGUGUUUAACUCUAUGAUGCAGUGGGUACGAUAUGACCUGGAGGGUCGGCGUCACCAUCUACCAGAGUUGCUGAGGGGCAUCAGAUUGGCACUGCUGCCAUCUGAAUGUCUACUGGAGGCUGUAGCCUGUGAAGAGUUGGUGAUGGCUGACAAGAGAAGCAGGUCAAUAGUAGAGGAGGCAAUGCAGUGUAAAAAGAAAAUCCUUCAGAAUGACGGAGUAGUGACUAGUCCCUGUGCUCGACCACGCAAGGCAGGACACACCCUGCUUAUACUGGGAGGCCAGACCUUCAUGUGUGACAAGAUAUACCAGGUUGACCACAAAGCCAAGGAGAUCAUACCCAAGGCGGACCUGCCCAGCCCCAGGAAGGAGUUCAGUGCGUGUGCCAUCGGCUGUAAGGUUUACGUGACAGGAGGAAGAGGAUCAGAGAACGGAGUGUCUAAAGACGUCUGGAUCUAUGACACUGUCCAUGAAGAGUGGUCUAAAGGAGCACCCAUGCUUAUAGCCAGGUUUGGCCAUGGUUCAGCUGAGUUGGAGAACAGUCUCUACGUUGUUGGAGGUCACACAGCCAUAGCUGGUGUAUUUCCUGCUUCUCCAUCUGUCUCUUUAAAACAGGUUGAGCGGUAUGACCCUAUUAGUAACAAGUGGACUAUGAUGGCUCCUCUAAGAGAUGGAGUCAGUAAUGCAGCAGUGGUCAGUGCCAAACUAAAACUCUUUGUUUUUGGAGGGACCACUAUACACAGAGACAAGGCUUCUAAGGUGCAGUGCUACGACCCUGUGGGGAACCGCUGGAACAUUGCAGCUGAAUGCCCACAGCCUUGGCGCUACACAGCAGCUGCUGUGUUAGGGAGUCAGAUCUUCAUCAUGGGUGGAGACACUGAAUUCACUGCUGCUUCUGCUUAUCGGUUUGACUGUGAAACCAACCAGUGGAGUCGAGUAGGUGAUAUGACAUCUAAACGGAUGAGCUGCCAUGCUGUGGCCUCAGGAAAUAAGCUGUAUGUGGUGGGAGGUUACUUCGGGACCCAGCGAUGUAAAACAUUGGACUGUUACGACCCUACGUCAGAUAGUUGGAACUCCAUCACCACUGUGCCUUAUUCACUGAUCCCUACCGCCUUUGUCAGCACAUGGAAACACCUACCUGCCUAAGUGGGAGACACUAGAAACCAAUAAUUGCAGGCUUUGAUUUUUACAUCCUCUGAGAAAGGACUGCUGGCUGGAAGAGAAUCACUGAGACUGCAUACUGCAGGUGGCUGGAGGUGUGGCUCCACACAGGACCAAUACUUUAAAACAACUACAAAAGACCACAUUGAACUUUUUAUCCAAGCUGUACCUCACAGACUCUGAAUCAUGAGCAGUGCAGCUAACAAACCAACAGCACACCACCCAGGUCAGAACACAAAGAGAGAAUCAUUCUCCAUAUGAUGCUUCCUAAAUAAUGUGAUCAUUCUCAAACAGACACUGGUAGACUUGAUGGAUGGACACAUGCUCUGGACCACUCAUACAAGUCUACAAGGGUUUUUGUGUAUGCAUGUUCAAUUUCUUUAAUCUCUUAAGUAGUUAAGACAUUCAGUACUACAACAUUCCAUUUCUAAAGACCUAAGCUAUUGCAUCAAUCUGCCAGAUGACAUUAACAUACUAAACGGUUUCCCUCAAAACCACAACGGAACACAAAUGAAAGCAGUAAUGUGAUAUCCACUUCUUCAAUUCAUUUAGACUUUAGGUUCCAGAGCACACACAGACUAUAUGUACUAGUAUUAAGACCACAAUUGCACCAAUGCAAUGUAAAUAAAGGGAGUGAAUUUUAGAAUGUUCAGUCCCUAUGAGAAGAAUCUAAGCUGCCAAUGUAUCAUCUAACCCUUCAAUGAACAAGAACAUACAAAUAUUUCAGACAAAUAUUUGAUUGGUAUUUUCUAAUGUAUCUAGGCCAAAAUUACACAGUUUCACAAUUUUUUCAACAAAUGACAAUUUUAAAUUUACACUCAUUUAGGGUAGAAAUUUAACAUAAAUUGUUAUCGUGCCAACUUUUAAAACAUUUUAUAAAAUAUGAGUUCCUACUUUCUUUCAUGUUUUGCAUAUCAAAUAUUUAAAAAGUAAAGAAAACUGAAUAUAUAAUUAUGUUUGAAACAUAUACACAUCCUUCCCCUAAUCACCCAAAACUGACCACCUAACUACAUGUAGUAUUACAAAUGUCCUGUUUGUAUAGACAUGUAGAGACAUUAUAGUUCCAGGCCUGAAUUUUCAACAACAUAUUUUCUAAAACUAAAUCCCUCCAAAAUCUUAAUAUAAAGAAAUAACAACACUUACCUCAUGGCCAGUGUCUGUGUCCAUGUAUGCUGGCAUUUUUGGAUUUUGAUACAAAGGAGAUAGAUAGAUUUUAAAAUGAAGUCACAUGACCUGAGUACUUGAUGCCCUUAAGGGUUUGUCAUGAGAUAAACUGCACCCACUUAAUGCCCUUAUCCUCACAGCGUGUCCAGUGUGACAGGCACCACAAGCAGAGACUCAAAUGCACAACUCAGACACCAAACAGGUUUCAGGUAGGGAUGAAUGGAACUCUAGUUACAGGGAACAAAGACAAACUAGCAUAAGGGGAAGAGCAUCUCAAGUCUCUUAUAUUGCAUCCAUGUUUUCCCACAAUUAGCUGAUCACAGCUGCAUCAGCUGAUCACAGCUGCAUCAGCUGUCAGUUGGCUUCAACAGCUGCAGCAACUUUUGAUGGAGUUUGAGUCUGCACACCUGCACUGUGCUAAUACUAAUAAAGUUGCAAAGUUAUCACUGACAGAUCAGCAGUGUUUUCUCUCUGCAGACUGUUAUAUUAUAUAUUAUAAUACCUGUUUAACAAAAACCUGCACAUAGAUACAAACCUGAAUUCCUACUGUGUUCUAACUCCUGCUCAGAAACAUACGAGUCAUUACUGCUGGCAGAAUGUGUUUAUAUUAUGUAUUCAUUAUUUGUGUCUGUAUUUACUGAUAUGCUGAUUGUGCAUUAUUUAAUAACUCAGAAUAUGAUCAGUGUAUAUGUACACUGGAAAUUGUUUAUCAGACUAAAUCUUUCAGGAAGAAUGGAUUAUGAUGUAACUCAUCAAACCCAAAAUUUCAGCCUCACAUGGAAAUGAUGACAAAUGAUAUGAAAUAUGAAUGUGUUUCUAAUGUGUCUCUUGCUGACAGGCAGAUUCUUCCUUCCAUUCAUUGUAUCCAUAGUAAAUGAGGGUAAUAACAGAUCAUAAAAGGAAAAAUCUUUCUAAUAAAUGAAUAAUCAAUCAAUAAAUAAAGUGGUAUGUCAGCUGGUAAAAGACUCAGAGAUCCCACCUUACUACUCAGAGCUGAAAUAAGAGACCUGGGAUGGCCAUUAAAAUGGUGAUUUAACCAAAUUCUGGUAUAGGCCAGAAGCGAGGAAACAUCAAAUAAGAGACUUGAGAUGUACCCUGAGACUAAGUAUGAAUGCAUGAGUGCACAGCAUAGAUCCAUUCAUACAACCAGUUAAAGGUAUACCCAAUUAACAAUGAUUAUGGAACAGGCAACAUGCUGCUACAGUGUGAACUUGUACAUUAGAUUCUGUUGAUGAUACAUGAACAGAUGACAGGGCUUGGUGUUGAACAUUAAAAUGAUUUAAUUCUAGUGCAUCAUACAGUCACAUGCUGCAGCUGUUACUACUGGUCACCUGUUGAGGAGAAGCUGAACUUGAACUGAAUUCUCUUCCUCCUGCUCCUGAUGUCUUUUUGUGACAAACGUUAGCAGACUGCUUUGUUUCACCAUGUUUUUUUUAUCUUAACCUAUGUUAAAAGCAGCUAGCUAGCAAACCGUAUGCUUCUGCUCCUCUGCAAUGUGUGGGCUGUUAACCUAAUGAAAGAGCUCAUAAUGCCAGAGCAUUUGCUAAUUGCACUGCCACUCAACAAUCUGACCUAUCAUCAUCAUAUGGUGCACUCAAAUUUGUCCCAAAGGCUUUGCUGACUAGACAUUCCUGCAUGGUGAAAAGAUGCAAAGAAACAGCAUGAGUAUAUUGAGAUGUAACUCCUUUAUAAUCACCAACAUUGAUUGAUUGAUAAUCAACUCUAUUUCUCUGUAAUGGAUUACAUUUAUAUUUAUUUUGUAAUUUAAUUACACUGGCCCAGGUAACAAAUCAUUUAAGGGGUUAGAUAAGUCAGACUAGUGAGGUAGAGCUCACUUAACCAGCGUGCACAGCAGCACCACAGGAUAUGUUGCUAUGUGGCACAUUUCAAAGACUACAAUCAUCAUUUCAGUGGAAACAUUCAUUCUUGUCAUGUGUGACUUGUAAGUUAAUGCUGUUUUAUUCCCACUUAUUUGGACCAGUGUUGGGGAAGUGAAACACUGAUGCAUUACUAAAAACUCAUUACCCUCCUUGUAAUUAAGUAUAAGAUUUCUUUUUCAGAGUGAAAGCAACACCUGUCACAUGUCUAUGGAGUGAUCCCAAACAAACAAGAUGAAUAAUAAGAUAGUAUAACUCAGUCAAACUACACACUUUUAGUGCAAAUUUAGCACAAUAAUACAAUAAUCAUGUGUCUUACUGAUGAAGGCAAUCACUUGAUUUGUUGGAAUGCAGGAUCCCUUCUCUUUUUUUUCAAAUCUGUUAAAAAGCAAAAUGGAUGGUGAUGUGGAUGAAGGACAAAUGUUUGAGAUUUCACUGUGUGUGUGUGUGUGUGUGUGUGUGUGUGUGUGUGUGUGUGUGUGUGUGUGUGUGUGUGUGUGUGUGUGUGUGUGUGUGUGUGUGUGUGUGUGUGUGUGUGUGUGUGUGUGUGUGUGUGUGUGUGUGUGUGUGUGUGUGUGUGUGUGUGUGUGUGUGUGUGUGUACUUCUGCUCAUGAGCAGGUUGGCACCCCACGUGGCAGCCUCUGUCAUCAGUGUGUGUGUGUAAAUGGUAAAUGGACUGUCCUUAUAUACCGCUUUUCUAGUCAUUAUGACCACUCAAAGCACUUUAACAUACACACGUGUGUGUGCAUUGGUGGAUGUGGCAUGUAGUGUGAAGCGUUUUGAGUUGUCUGAAGAAAGGCUACUCUAUAAAGUGCAGUCCAUUUACAGUCCAGUCCAUCUAAUGUAGGGACAAAAUAUAUGUUCAGUGUAACAGACACAGUAAGGGAUUGCUGCUGGUGCCUGGUGGAGCCUCAGAAGACACAUACCCAAACCUUUUAAAUAACAGUACUGACUUAGGCUUGUUAAUGUUUGUCUUCCCUGUGUGCCAAAGGCUUGAGAGACCAUGGCACAACUCUAAAAUGAUAUUUUCCAAUAAAUCACACAAUGUAAAAUAAUUAGGAUAGACAUUUGGAAACAUGAUCUGUAGAUUUAAUUCAAAUGCACAUAUAGCAAUUUAACAUCUCAAGUCCCACAUGCACUGCUUUGUAUUUCAUAUGAAGGAACCUGUGCAGCUGUGACACUACAGUCCUGGCUCUGGGUUGUUGGUGUGACAUCAUUCAUAGGAAGGUGGUUUAUAUCAGACCACAUGGUAUCUGAUCAUUGUCUUUAUAGAACAAGUAUGAGAAGCACAGAACAGCUUCAUCUACAGUGUCCUGCAAAAACACAGCUGAACACUAAACUGAACUGUAUGGUUUUUUUCUGUAACACCUAUGCACUUUUGAUAUUUAUCAGUACAUGCAUUAGCAAUUAUCUCUCUUUGUCUCCUAGGUGUAAAAUAUCUUGUACAUGUUGCAGAUAACACCAGCUGUAACAAUAUGGAAAAGUUGCAUGAAAAUACACCAGGGAGUUUUCUGCAGGACACAGAUGCAUCAUGGUUAAUACAUGGUAUAGUGUGUUGUACUGUAGAGGGUUUACUGGUGUUACUGGUCAGAGAGCUGCAAUUGGGACACAGGCUGUGGUAGAGUGUAGACAUCAGAGUUUAAUUUGCCUUGAGUUUUUUAGAUUUCCUGAGGGUUUCAGCUAUUGCACAGAAGAUGUUUCAUCAACAGUUUUUUUUAGAAGUGAGAACGAACGUGUUUUUGACGGAAUUGAUGAUUUUUUUUGGAAAAUGUAAUGGAACUUCUUAACGAAUAAAAUAUUAGCUACCCAAUGUUUGUACAGGUGAAAAUAAACUUUGACUCUCUUUUUAAA